AAUGAACUGGCAACGAUGCCCGAAGAAGUCAAAGAAAUCACUGAUUCUGCUGGAUUAUUCGAACCAAAAGCUGUUGUGCAGUGCCUUAUGCAAGAUUUGUUUCGUGGAAACUUUAGCACCUCUGUUGGACUGGAAGGUUGGAUGCUGGGUGUGUUAACGGCUGGAUGUGCUCCCGAGAAAAGCUUUUUUCGAGCUGCAUCACAGGUGCUUUUUGGUGGUAUAUUUCGCGGGAUUAUGCUUAUUUACAUUGGUCGUUUCAACCGAAUAGUCAGUGAAUGUCGGCAUCAUUUAUAG